AUGAAGUUUUUCUUCCAAUAUGUGGGCUGCUUUUUUGCUUUUUUCUCCGUUGGGCUUUUGAUAAUAUCUACCUGGACAGACUGCUGGAUGGUGAAUGCUGAUGACUCCCUGGAGGUGAGUACAAAAUGCCGUGGCCUGUGGUGGGAAUGUGUCACAAACGUUUUUGAUGGCAUCCAAACUUGUGAUGAGUACGACUCUAUCUACGCCGAGCAUUCUGUGAAGCUGGUGCUGACCCGAGCCAUGAUGAUAACAGCAGACAUCCUGUCAGGAUUUGGAUUUCUCUUCCUGGUCCUGGGACUGGACUGUGUGAAAUUCCUUCCCGAUGAGCCACUCAUCAAGCUGCGCAUCUGCCUGGCGUCUGGGGUUAUGUUGCUCCUUGCAGGUCUCCCUGGCAUCACGGGCUCCGUGUGGUACGCCGUGGAUGUCUACGUGGAGCGCUCCUCUCUGCUUCUCCACAACGUGUUCCUGGGCAUCCAGUACAAGUUUGGUUGGUCCUGCUGGCUCGGCAUGGCAGGGUCACUUGGCUGCUUCUUGUCUGGGUCCCUGCUGACCUGCUGCAUGUAUCUCUUCAGAGAGACCAGUUCUGGAAGACUCCAUUCUGCCUACUCCUUGAGGAAAGGCUAUUCCUCAGCUGCCACCGUCGUAACAAACGCGCAUUUGCCAUCCUCGCCAACAGCCACCUCCAAAAUGUACGCGGUGGACACAAGGGUGUGA